AUGUUUCAAAAGCUAUACAUAGCAAAUACCAAAGCUUAUGAUUUAAUGACUGGGGAAAGCGACGAUAUCCCACCACCUUCAUAUAAAAUUGUGUUAUUAGGGGAGUCAUCAGUCGGGAAGACAUCACUCGUUCAUCGAUUUAUAACCAACCAAUUUGAUAUUCAUACAACCAAUACAAUUGGAGCUGCAUUUAUAACCAAAGUUUAUGCAUCAAGUAAUAAUCCGGAUCGGAAAGUAAAACUUCAGAUCUGGGAUACAGCUGGACAGGAAAGAUAUAGAUCAUUAACACCGAUGUAUUAUAGAAAUGCAAAGAUUGCCUUAAUUUGUAUAGAUUUGCAGAAUUUUGAACAAAGUUUUGUUACUGCCAAAUAUUGGAUAGAACAAUUGGAGUUAAAUAAUUCGAAUGUAGGUGAAGAUAUAAGAAUCCAUCUAAUUGGAACUAAAUUGGAUUUAUUACGGAAUCAUAAUGCCCAUGGGCAACAAUUAUCAGAAGAAGAGAUAGUAGAAAAGCUAAAUGAAUAUAGGCAGAAUUUCCCUAGUAUUGUAAAAGUUCAUAAAACAAGUUCUAAAGACGGAACAGGCAUAACUGAACUAUUCGAUGAGAUUAUUGAAAAUAUAGAUGAGGAAUUCUUUACAAACUACUAUCUGACAGCUGAACCCCGUGUACUAAUAGGAGGACAAGGAGGACAAAUCGGCUCAAUACUAAAUUCUAGAGGAGUGGUAGGACGAGGAUGCUGUUAA